AUGCUGCAUACUUCUCUGAGACGAACGACUGCUAUUCGCGCUGUUCAUACACUCAAGACUGCUGCAAACAUCCGUUCAUCUCAAAUGUCGUCAACCGCUCUAGACCUGGGUGCCGAGUCUCAACUGUCCGACAAGAAAGCCGUGAGAAAGCAACUGCACAAUCUCCUGUCCUCGCUGCCAUCAGAUCACGUCCAACGUCAAUCCGUCAAUGCCACAAAGUUGCUCUUGUCGUUGCCCGAAUAUAAGAAUGCUCGUUCUAUCAGCAUCUUCAUGUCCAUGCCUUCUGGCGAGAUAAACACCCAAGAUCUUACCAAACAUGCUCUGAGCUCGGGGAAGCAUGUAUUUGUACCAUACAUUUACAAGCCCAAGCAACCUCGUCGAGAUGGUUUGCCUACCUCGAUCAUGGAUAUGUUGCGGUUGGCUGAUGAGGACGACUAUACCUCGCUUCAGCCUGACAAAUGGGGCAUUCCAUCCAUCCCCAAAGAAACUGUCCCAGAUCGUGCAAACUCGUUCGGAGGGUCAGGCGUUACUGAUGGAGACUUACCUGCUCCUGACUCAGCAGGUCUGGACGUGAUUCUCAUGCCCUGCAUUGCUUUUGACCAAGAACUGAAUCGUCUGGGUCAUGGAAAAGGCUAUUACGACAACUUUCUCACGCGGUCUUGUUCGACACAAACUGCAGAUGGACAGAACAGAAAGAAACCGUUUUUGGUGGGCUUCGCGCUAGCUGAGCAAAUGCUUCCUUCUCAAUAUCGUCUGCCAAUUGAUGCAUGGGACUGGAGGGUUGAUGCGGUGGUGCUCGGAGAUGGCGGGUCAGAGGCCAGAUUGGUGAGGGCUUGA